CCCCACUCGGGCUCACCCCAAUGGAAAAACCCUCGCGGCAUCUAUUUCUCCGAAAGCAGUUUGGCAGAGCGGCGUUAUGGACGAGGGAGACAGAGCAAAAUCAGUCCCGCUACUAUGAGAAUAGCUUGCUUGCGGGGAGGAAGAGGAAAGGCAUCGUCCCGCCACUACGGGAGCAGCUUGCUUGCAGGGAUGAAGAGGAACCGGGAUCGGGCCGACGUGGGGCUUGGUUUUCUACUGCGAGAGGCGAAAGCUGCGGCGGCGAUUACAAGCCUGCUCGCGAUUAAUGGACAAGCCUGGACCAGCCUGCUUGCACUCUCUAAGGCAGCAAAUCAAGCAAGCGGCGAUAUAUACUCCCUUUUACCUCUAGCAUAAGCAAGCUGGAGGCGGCUUGCUCCCUGGAAAACGAACAGGUACCCACCCUCGGCAAAACAAAUCAAAGCGGCGCUAUCUACUCCCUCAAUUGCGAGAGGUGCUAGCUUAAGCAAGCAGGAGGCGAUUUCUCAUCCGUUUGCGAAGUGAAAGACGUGUGAUUACCAUUAUUCAAGCACACAAGCAAGCAUGACCAUUAUUCAAGCACACAAGCAACCAUUAUUAAGCAUGCAGGAGGCCAUGAUUAAGCAAAGCAGGAGGUGUCACUUAACCAAGCAUGAGGUGGCUUGAUCUCUGCACACGGAUGGAUGACGAGGGGUUGUUAUUGCCAGCGGCGGCCAAUAACGACCAAAGCAAGCUGGUCCAACCAAGUACGAGUGUAAUAUUUGGAAGCGAGUAUGGAAACUUUGGAACAAAUUCAUAGCCAGUUCCGACGGAAGUAAGGUGAGUGUAAAGGGGGUAAAUUCUACGCCUUACGUAUUCUUUUAAGUAUUUUAGCGAAUUGGUUACCGUUGCUUUGUUAUGUUUAUGCUUGAUUAUUUGUGCUUUGCUUGAGCUAUGAUUUGAGGUGAUUUUGUGCUAUUUGAGGUGAUACGAGGUGAUUUUGUGCUAUUUACCUUAAAGCGUGAUGUUUGAGUUAUUGUUAAAGUUUAAGAAACAAGUUCUUUUUAAGAAGUAACUCACCUUCAAGAAGGUGAAGUCGUUUUAAGCGUUUUUAGUCACUAGCGCCGGUCCGUUGCCAUUUGAGAUUUUCAGAUAGAGCAGCAGUUAUGCUCUUGUGAUCUUUCAGAUAGAUCAGCAGUUAUGCUCUUGAGACUUUUAAGAUGAGCAGCAGUUAUGCUCUUGAGAAUCGUGGUGAAGAGCCACCACGAUAAGUUUAAGAUGUUAGGGGGAUGAAUCGUUACGACUCCCCUAACUAAGUUUAAAUUUAAGGAAAGCCUUGAUGGCUUCUCAUACGUAUGAGUUGGCAACUGGACUAGCUAGUGGGGAAUCCCAGUGUCAGUCAAGUAUUUAAGUCGAGAUUUGAGCUUUAAGAAUGGAGAGUAACAGUAACUCCCAUACAGUUUUAAGAGUUAGGAAUUUUAAGAGUGGAAGUACAAACAACUUCCACAAAUUUAAGUAAGUGUUUUAAGUAAAGUACUAAGCAGUAAGAAUUUUAAACGUAACGGCGUAGACUGACCACAUCUCACUCACCAAUUUGAAGAGCUAGAGGAAGAGCUAGAGGAGCAUUUAGUGAGCAUCGAAUUCGAGGGCAGGCAGCUAGAGGAGGGCAGUAUAAGCGUCACAGAGGAUGCUUAGUCAAGGUUUCAGUAGCAACAACAUUAGAGAUUAUUAGUUAUUUACAUUUAUGAUUAUGAGUAUAGACUGGAGAUCAUAUUGAGAUUUUAUCGUUUGAGCUUAAUCUGCCCACGUGUUAGGGCUUUGCUCGGAGCUACAAGUGUGUGUUUUCAGUAUUUUAUUUAUGAAAAGUUUUCCCGCUGCAAUUUAAGAUUUGAGUAUUUUAUUUAUCAAGGGCAUUUUAUUAAAAGUAGUACCCGGCCGGGUUAGGGUGUUUCAGGUUAGGGGUUCGUUUCGUUUAUAAACCUCGUGUUGCUAAUUGACUAAAAUGCCCCUUUAAUUGCAUUUUAUUUACUCGUUACCAGCUCCAGCUAAAUAAUAAAAAUAUCAAAAACACAUUUCAUAAACAACUCAAAUUAUUAUCUUAUUCACAAUCAAUAUAACGUGUUAAGAUCACGCCAUAAAUCACUCUUUUUGAACGAACUACGUGGACUUUGAUCCUGACUACUCGGAAAAGUAGGCGGUUAGUUCGAGUCCAACUAACAAAAUUCCUCCCUUACCAAAUCACAUCUCUUAAAUAAGAAAAAAAAUUAUUAAUUUAAUCAUGUAUCAAUAAAAACGUUUUAAGAUC